AUGAUGCGGAAGACGAUUCUCCUGUGCUUCAUCCAUGGCUUCAAGGGGGGAGACAACACGUUCGGCACAUUUCCCUCGCACUUGAAAGCGCUCCUGCAACACGCGCUGCCCAAGGUGACCAUCUUGGCAAUCACAUAUCCAAAGUACGACACCAGAGGCGACCUGCACGAGUGCGUCGGCCGUUUCAAAGAAUGGCUGCAGAACAAAGUCAUUGACCUCGAGGUCGCCAACUCGACGCCUUCGCCCACCGUCGACCCCUCGGUCCACACGAUCCUCCUCGGCCACUCCAUGGGCGGCAUUGUUGCCGCUGAGACGCUCUUGAGCAUCAUUGCCGAGCAGCCCGUCCCCUCGCUGCAGAACUCGCAGACCCAGGACCGCUCGACCGGCGCCCUGUCCGAAACCUCGACGCUCAUGUUCCCCUUCAUCCAGGGCAUCCUGGCCUUCGACACGCCAUACCUGGGUAUCGCCCCGGGCGUGGUUGCGCACGGAGCGGAGAAGCACUGGAACACGGCGAGCUCGGCGUAUGCCGCCUACAACAAUCUCGCUGGCGCGUUCGGUUGGGGCCAGAAGGACACGCCCGCUGCGGCUGUUGAUGCUAGCAGAAGGCUUCCCGCGCCCAACGCUACGGGCGACGCUGCUUCCGCGCCGUUGUGGCAGCGAUACGGAAAGGUGGCCAUGUUUGCUGGUGCUGCAGGUGCCAUCGCAGCAGGCGGCGCCGCAGCAUACAUGAAGAAGGACCAGAUCUCCCAGGGCUUGACGUGGGCGACGUCUCACCUGGAGUUUGUGGGUUCGCUUGCGAGGCCCGAGGAGAUGAAGAAGCGCUUGGCCGCCAUCGUCAAGCUGUCCACAGAGCACGGCCUGGGCUUUGCCAACAUUUACACCACGCUCGGUCACGCCGUCGAUGCGCAGAAGGGUGAGUCGUGGACGGGCAAAGUUGCUGGACAGGACCGCACCUUCUGCAACCUCCCCAAGGGCGAGUUGCGCAACUUCUUCCUCCCCGCUGGCAAUGACAAGCUCGAGAUGGAGACGCUGGCCCACAUGGGCAUGUUCAACGCAAGGAGCAAUCCUGGCUACUACACGCUGAGCGAGAUGGCCAAAGAGCAGAUCAUCGACUGGGCCGAAAACGAAUGGUACGAGGAGAGUGAGGGGCCGCUGAACAAGGAGGACGAAGAGGAGGCCGAGUUGGUGAUGAAGCCGGAUGUCGAGGAAGUGUUGGGCACAGAGGACCUAGACGAGGAAUUUGAGCACAUCAAGAGGGCGGCGAGUUCAGAGUUGAGCGAGGACGAGCAUCGAGAGGGGAAGAAGCAGGAGUUGUGA